AUGGUGAUGUGGCGAAGACAUCAUGCAGUUGUUGUUCCAUUCCCUGUUCAGGGUCACAUCAAUCCAAUGAUGCACCUUGCUAAAAUGCUGAGCUCCCAUGGAUUCAUGGUCACAUUCAUCAACACAGACCACGUUCAUUCUCGCAUGCUUAAACUCAACUCAUUCAGCAAUAGCAUUGAUGAAGAAGGGAUUCAAUUCAGACAUAUCCCUGAUGGUCUGCCAGAAUCUGAUUGCAGGACAGAUUUUGCAAAAUUGGCUAGUGCAACAGAGAAUACUAUGCCUCUCUUGCUUCGCAAUCUUAUUUAUGAGAUCAAUGAGAGCAGGGAUUGUCCCCCUGUCACCUUCUUGGUUGCAGAUUUUUUUGCAGGUUGGGCUUUGGAUGUUGCACAUCAUUUUAACAUUCCAGCUGCUGCUUUCUGGCCCGGACUUAUUGCUACUUAUGCCAUUAUUCACCACAUUCCGAGUCUCAUCUCCAAGGGAGUCAUACCAUCCAACGUUGUAGAAAUUCAGCUCACUGUAUUUGGUUUAACUCUACUUGAACAUGAGCUCGUUUUUUCGGAUUUUAAAAUGGUACUUGAUAUAGAGAGAUUUGUCCUUACACAAAAAUAUCCAAAUGGGCACUGGGCAUCUUUAUUUGGAUUUAGAGUCGUGUUAGUCCAUGGAAUAAUUCUGAGAGGUUUUCCAAAGGGUCAUGCAAUGGUCAAGUAUCUAGCCUCCAUGCCACCUCUCUACUCUGCAAAUCUUCCAUGGCUGAUUGGAAGUAAGGCGGACAAGGAGUUUCGCUUUCAGUUUUGGGUUCGGAACAUGAACAGACUAAGGAAGCUCAAGUGGGUUCUCUGCAACUCAUUCCAUGAUCUAGAGCUUCCAAUACUUAACAUGUUCCCAGAAGAAGUGGGCAUGUGUCCAAUAGGUCCUUUCAUCUCCAAUCUCCCAAGAGAGAAAACUACAAACAAUCAGAGUCUGUGGAGGGAAGAAUUCGAGUGCUUAGAUUGGCUUGACAAGCAUUCUUCCAAGUCUGUGAUUUAUGUCUCAUUCGGAAGCAUUGCAAUUCUGAAUGAAAGACAAUUGGAGGAGCUUGCACUUGGUCUGGAGGCCACAAAGCAGCCAUUUUUGUGGGUGGUGAGGUCUGAUCUAAUGGACAGAAAGCAAGCAGUCUUUCCUUCAGGAUUCUUGAAACGAGUUAAUACCAGUAAUCAGGGAUGCAUAGUAUCAUGGGCUCCACAGACGUCUGUAUUGUCUCAUCCUUCUAUAGCUUGUUUUGUCACACACUGUGGAUGGAAUUCCACCAUGGAAAGCAUUACAGCAGGCGUUCCCAUGCUCUGCUGGCCUUAUUAUGCAGAUCAGUUUCUUAACUGUGCUUAUAUAACCCAUGUCUGGAAAAUUGGGCUGGCCUUGAAUCCAAACCAGAGAGGACUUAUAGAGGCAGAGGAAAUUAAGAGCUCUGUGUGGAGAACAACUAUGGGAGAAGAAUGUGCAGAAAUGAAAGAGAAUGUGGCCAAACUGAAGGGCAGUGCCAUGGGUGCUGUGAAGGCAGGAGGAUCUUCUUACAACACCUUCACUAAAUUUCUCCAUGACAUGGAUAUAUAUGAAUAA